UUUUGCUGUAGAAUUUAAUCUGUAGAUUUAUUUGCUGUAGCUUUCAUUGCUGUAGAUUUCUAAAGCACUAAUUUUUUGCUCUCAAAAUAAAGCUCUCUACAGCCAUAUUUUGAUUUUUCAGAGAUUUUUUUGCUGUGAGUUUUUUAAGGAAAGCAAAGCUCGAUUGGUUGACAUAUAUAGCUGUAGACUAAAUUUUGGCUGUCCAGAGCAUCUACAGCCUCAACCAAUCAUCCCCUUAAUCUCUUAAGUAGACAAUUAAGCCGAGCUACUCUUAGUUGUAACAAUUAAUUGAGCCUGCCAUGUGGUCCAUGUGUGUAUGAGAAUAUACUCAUAAACAUACCCAUAUUAAGAACCUAUCAACUAUUGCUUCACAACGAAUGUAUAUAAUUGGUGUCUAUUAUUAAUCUCCAGGUCUGUUGGGUGGUGUAUGUUUAUUAAUAAAAUGUGGGCACAAAGUAAGUGAUAAGGUCUAGAAGGUGUUGGUGAAUAUGUUCGAUUCAACUUUAACAAGCACAAGCAAAGCUACGAUGAAUCAUGAUUGAAAAGCAGGUCUUAUGUAAUUAUCAACAACAAAAAAGAGAUUAGGUGUUAUGGUGUAAAACGACGACUAACAUGUGAUGGAAUUUGUUCGUUUUCCACAAAAUAAUAUAUAAAAAAUAAAGCAGUUGCAAAAUCUUCUUAUAUCAACUCAGGAAACCAAUUUUUUUAUUUUGAGUUGGUUAGUUUAAUCAGUUAUGAACUUAUGAAUAUAAUAUCAGAGUGCGAAGGGAAUAGGUGCACAUAAAAGUGCUAGAAGAAUUUUACCUUAUGGACCAAUCACAAUGUUUUAGUAAAUAUUUUGGGUUUAAAGAAACUACAAACCAGUCUAAAAUUUCUAUUCACAAGAACUAAUUUAUUUUGGUGAAUAUCUCCACACAAAAAGAAGAGACUAUUUUAGUUGUAAAACUAUAAAAUCCAUGAUGGCAGCAACAAAAAAUAUUUAUUCUUUCAGUUUUCUACACAACUAUAUUUUCUUAUUCUUCCAUACAGGUAUUAAUGUAUUAUAUUGAGUUAAAUGUGCUAUUGAUCAAUAAAUAUCAAAUUUCAUCGAAAAAUUAUAUAUAUUUCUUUGACGGCAAAUUAUAUAUUUAAGGACAUCUCCAUCUCCACUCCAUAAUUUACUCUAAAAAUGAAAUCGUAAAUGGAGUAUGAACAAAAAAUAAAAAAAAAUUCAAUUUAUGGAGUAAUCACUUUUUUAUUCUUCACUAUUCUAUUUUUCACUCUAUUUUGCAGUAAAUUAUAGAGUGGGGACGAAGAUGCUCUAAACGAGAACUUUCAUAUAAGUGGUAGAUAGUAAAACCAAAUAUAUUAUACUAGAAAAGCUUAUUUCUACAAUUAUAAUGUCAAUAAGUGUGUAGAAUCAAAAUGAUAAUGUCACAGAACUGGAGAAAAAACAUGUGACCACCACAUGCUAUUAGAUGUCCAAGUUUGACUUUUAUUAGUCACUCACAAACGCCUUGGCUAAUAAUAAAACUCCUCGUGCUAUUUAAUUGUCUAUUGUGAUGCUUAGUUCACCUUUACCUUAAGGUAAGGAUGUAAUAAGAUAAGACCCGUUGUUUCAAAAUAAUGUAUUUUUAAAAUUUUCACACAUAUUAAUAAAACACUAGAUUUUGACCCGCCUUUGAAAAGGCGGGUAUAUUUUUGUUUUAAUUAUCUUUUUUAGAAAUUUCAGUUUUAUAAUUUGGGUUUUUCUGUAUUUGUAUUUGUGUUUUUAUUUGUAAUCAAAUUUGUGUAUAAAUUUUAGACAAAAUCAAUUUUAUAAAAUAAUAGCAAUUUAAAAGUUAACCAACAUAUACAUGUUUCUUUGUAAUCAUAUUUUUCUGGUUUAGAUCUUGAUCCGCAGUAUAUUGUUGGUUUGUAAUUUUUUUGUUUUUUUAUUUCUAUUAAUUUUUAUAUUUAUGAUAUUUUUGUAAUCAUAUUUGUGUUUUAUAUUAAUUUAGUUUAGUUUAAUUUAGUAACUAUAUUAAAUAUGUUAAAUUGCAUAACUAUAUAUUUAUGCUAUAUGCAUAUCAAAAAUAAUUUGUAAACUUUAUUCCUGAAGUAUGCAACAUAUUGUAUUUUCAUAUUAGUUACCUAAUAUAAUCAGUCAAGAAUAUUUCGUAAUCAACUUGAAAAUCAAAAUAUUAUAUUCUAUUAAACAUUACAUAUAUAUAUAUAUUCGAACGGUUUUAAAGUGUUAAAUUUGAAAACCAAUAUCAAAUCCAACCAGCACCAAAAUUUGAAGAAAGUUUUUGAAAAAUGUUUGAUAAAAAUAAUUUUUAAAAUAUUCUGUUAAAUAUAUAUAUAUAUAUAUAUAUAUAUAUUUAUCUAUAUACAUAUGGUUUAAUAUGUUUUUCACUAACUUUAAGUAAAAUCACAUUUAAUAAAAAAAUUUAAUAGAAUAAUCUAUUUAAAACCUGUUAAAUUAUAAACAUGUCAUCUUUAGAGUUUAGACUAAAAAUUAAGCGAAGAACACCAUGCAUGGAUGGAUGCCGAAGCCUCAUAUUGACUAUCAUAAGAUCUUUUCUUAUAAUUGAUUUGUUCAUAAGUAUAUAUUUUUAUAAAUAAUACUUCCAUAAUAAUAUAUUGACUUAAAUAGUUUUAGUAAUCUUAAAUUUACUUCUAGAAAUAUAUUUUGUAGAUCAUAAAUUUAAAUUUAGUAUAUUGGCCAUAUAAUUAGGUAUGAAAUAGGAGUUUGAUAUUUGUUGUUUGUUGCCGUAUUGAUAUGUAUUGAUAUAUACAUAUCCUAUAAAAUAGGAGUUUAAGUGGUUAUAGGGGUGGUUACGUUUUUUCCCUUUAACAUGAAGGUAGUUAUGUUUUUGUCGAUGCAAUUAUAUUAUAUGUUUUACAGUUAUAUUUUAAAUGCAGUAUAUUUUUAUGUUGGACUCAACAUAUAUUAAUAGGUCAUGAUCCUAAUUUAAUAGUAUUGAUAUUAAAUUUUAGUUACAAAUGUAUAGUUUUUGUGAUUAUAUAUUUUAUAUAAUUUUAAACCAAUAAAAAUUCAAAAAAUAAAAAUACAACUAAUUAUUUUGAAGUUUACAAUUAAUCAUUAUUGGUUAAUAAAAAUAUAUUAAAAUUCAGAAAUAUAUCUUUUAAUUUUUUUUUUCUUUCAAAAACAUGCAUCUAUCAAACAACGGAGGGGUAUUGUAUUAGCCUAAUUUAACGUGUCGAGCAUGCAAGUUCUCACAACUUUAAAAUUUUCCUUUUUCUUUCCUUUGGUUCCCCUCUUCGACUUGAUGGUUCACCCUUCUUUCUGGCGAUUUCGUCUUCAAGUAACCCCUUCGCGUCUUCGCAAUCGUUGUUUCCACACCUCUCCGGGUGCAUACACACCAAUCUCUUAUCCUCAGAGGAUCGUUUCGGUUUCCUCAUGCUGGUCACUUACGACUGAUAAUUACGAUCAUCAAUCCCUCUUCCGUUACUUCAACCUCGUUCUUGAAUCAUGCGUGACAGCUCAGCAAUGCCAACAAGUUCACGCCCAACUACUUCUAUCCGAUCUAAUCUACCGUUCCGGGUCAUCAUUACCUGCGAAACUCGUCUCGGUUUACACCCGGUUCGGUUUCCUCCACGAUGCCCGUAACGUGUUCGACACUGUUCCGCUUGUUCUGUACUCGGAUUUACAUUUAUGGAACUCGAUUUUAAAAUCCAACGUCACUCACGGACAACACGAGAACGCGCUUGAGCUCUACGAUGCAAUGCGUGAACGAGGUCUCACUGGGGACGGGUUUAUCUUACCAUUGAUCCUUCGAGCUUGUCGUUACUCAAGUCGUCUUGGUUUGUGCAGGGCUUUACAUAGUCAUGUGAUUAAGAUCGGUUUGCUAGAGAAUCUCUAUGUAGCGAACGAGUUGCUCACCCUGUAUCCAAAGGCGGGAAGGAUGAGUGAUGCAUACAAGCUGUUCGUCGAAAUGCCUGUGAGAAACCGUAUAUCGUGGAACGUCAUGAUCUCAGGUUAUUCUCAAGAGCAUGACUGUGAAAGUGCUGUUAGGGUUUUUGAAUGGAUGCAACGCGAAGAGUUUGUACCGGACGAAGUGACUUGGACUUCGGUUUUGUCUUGUCAUUCUCAGAGUGGGAAGUUUGAAGAUGUGAUCAAGUAUUUUGAUGUUAUGAAGAUGAGUGUGAAUGCAGUUAGCGGCGAAGCUCUUGCUGUGUUCUUCUCUGUCUGUGCUGAGUUGGGAGCGUUUAGUACUGCUGAGAAGGUUCAUGUGUUUGUUAUAAAAGGUGGGUUUGAAGAGUAUUUGCCAUCGAAGAACGCGUUGACAUACGUGUACGGGAAGCAAGGGAGGGUUAAAGAAGCUGAGCAGUUGUUUAGGCAGAUAAGGAACAAAGGUAUAGAGAGCUGGAAUGCUUUGAUAACAUCGUUUGUGGAUGCUGGUAAACUAGACGAGGCGCUUUCGUUGUUUACUGAGUUGGAGGAGAUGAAUGGCUUUUGUAACGUCAAGGCUAAUGUGGUUACAUGGACUUCCAUUAUCAAGGGGUGUAACGUGCAAGGAAGAGGAGAUGAUUCGCUUGAGUAUUUCCGGCGAAUGCAAUUUUCGAAAGUUUUGUCUAAUUCAGUGACGAUUUGUUGUAUACUAUCCAUCUGUGCGGAGCUUCCAGCUUUGAAUCUGGGGAAAGAGAUCCACGGACAUGUGAUUAGAACCUCGAUGAGCGAUAACAUUCUGGUUCAGAAUGCGUUGGUGAAUAUGUACAGCAAAUGUGGGUCACUCGGUGAGGGGAAUCAAGUAUUUGAAGCAAUUAGGGACAAGGAUUUGAUCUCAUGGAACUCGAUGAUCAAAGGUUAUGGUAUGCAUGGGUUUGGUGAGAAAGCUCUGAGUAUGUUCGACAGAAUGAUAAAAUCCGGGUUACAUCCUGAUGGGAUUGCUAUGGUAGCUGUUCUUUCGGCAUGUAGCCACGCAGGGCUGGUUGAAAAGGGGCGCGAAAUUUUCAAUUCGAUGAGCAACAGAUUUGGAAUAGAGCCACAACAAGAGCAUUAUGCAUGUAUUGUUGACCUCCUUGGUCGUGUAGGGUUUCUGAAAGAAGCUAGCGAGAUUGUGAAGAGCAUGCCGAUGGAGCCCAACGUCUGUGUGCUGGGAGCUCUAUUAAAUUCUUGCCGGAUGCAUAAAAAUAUGGACAUCGCAGAGGAUGUAGCAUCACAGCUUUUCGAUCUUGAGCCUGAGAAGACAGGAAGCUAUAUGUUGCUGUCUAACACUUACUCUGCUAGCGGAAGAUGGGAAGAUUCUGCAAAGGUUAGGGCCUUGGCGAAGAAAAAGGAUCUUAAGAAACUUUCUGGAAGCAGUUGGAUUGAGUUAAAGAAGAAAGUGUACAAAUUCUCGUCAGGAUCAUCAGAACAGAGCGAGUUUUCGAGCGUCUACCCGGUUCUCGAGGAUUUGGUUAGUCACAUGUGGAAGAAAGGUCCUACACACGAUGGACAUCAUUACGAGGAUGAUCAUGACUUAUGGAAAGCGUGAUAGAUGAGUAUAUCCCGCACAGACUGAGAAGCAGGCAAUGAUACAGACCUUUAUCGAACUAGUCUCAAAAGUGAAGAGUAUUGCAGGUUCUGUAAUCCCACAGCGUUAUCUUUGAUGUGCUAAAUGAUGAUCGUAGGCAAAGCUAAAGAACGCUAUUGCCUGUCCUGUACUACCUAAAGAUGUCGAGCUGCUGCAGAACCAAGUUGAGUUCAGCCUUGGAACGCUCAACCUGGCAUUGAAGAUCACACACAAUCCUAGAACACCCACCAAUUGGUUCAUGGUCACACAAAUCAGCGUCGAAGUCAAUGAUAAUGGUGUGCAUAACGAUAUAUUGCUGAGAUUCUACUAUUAUUUUAAAUUCAAUCAUACUAGUACAUUACUUUCAAAUUUAUGAAAUAAUUUAAAUACCAACUAUAAUGUUUAACACCUUUUGUAAUAAAACAUACUUAGCAUCAAGCAGGCCCACCCUCACAGCAGUUGAAUGUGAAGAAUUGGUUACAAGUAUCCCAAUCUAUCUCGCAAGUCUUAACUGUUCCUCAAAAAUAAAACCAAAAAAA